ACAUCAAAACGUCGGUAGGCACAGGUGGAAGAAAAGUCAUAAACCUUGGUUUUAAAUUCUGUUGUCAUUUAAGUUUAAUUGAUAUAUACUAGCUUCUGGUUUCCUAUGUUUGAUAAUCAAUAACAGAGCGUAUAAAACCAAGCAAUCUCACUCUACUCAUUUAUCAAAUUUCGCUUCUCAGAUAAGUGUAUCUCAGCCUUCUUACCUUUCCAGCCAGUUAUUUUCCAGUUUCAUGUACCUUUGAACAAUAUACCAACCAUAGUGUGUGAAUAUCAGAUGAUUGUAUAUAUAAUAAUGAAGUGAAAAAUCAUAUAUCAUGUCAGAAACUCCCGACAGAUUGAUUAGUCUUGAGGAGUUGGAAACUAUGUUUAAGGACAGGUAUACGGACAAGGAUGUUAACUAUCAAAAGUAUUUGUCGAAUGCCAAUGUGCCACCCCCUAUCAUACCUCACUGGGAGAAACGUAAGUUUUAUUCGCUUGUCGAUUUGAUUCAUUUGUGUUGUAGAAUAACUACAGAUUUCAAAGAAAUAACUUCCGACGCAACAGUUUGGAUUAA